AUGACGGACCAACCGGAGCCGGUAGUUUUCUUGGACGUGGCUCUAGGCGGUAUGCCCCCCCCCCCGCCCCUACCCACUUUCGCGAGCAAGUACGAUGGCCAACGAUGGUAAUGAUGGAAUGCAUAAAGGCGAACCCCUCGGCCGCAUCAAAAUCCAACUGUUCUCAAAAAUAGUGCCCAAAACCGCCGAGAACUUCCGUGUCUUUUGUACCGGCGAGACGAAAGGCCGUGGGGGUCGGCCGUUGGGGUAUAAAGGGUGCAAAUUCCAUCGCGUGGUGAGCUAUGAUUGCCCUGUUUUUUUGUUUGUUUUUUCUUUCCGUUUCACUCGUUCUUCGCACAGCUGUGCUGAUUAUCACUGGGUAUGUGUGUCCAGAUCAAAGACUUCAUGUGAGUCCACCCACCACUUACAAUAAUGAUAAUGAAUGAGUAAGAGUGGGACCAACCAGGGAAUAGGGUCCAGGGCGGCGACUUCCUAAACAACGACGGCUCCGGCGCCCUAAGUAUCUACAACUCUGACAGCUUCCCUGACGAAGGCUUCUCCAUAAAACACGAUGCGCCGGGAAUAGUUUCUAUGGCAAAGUACUCUUCACCACCACCCCUCCCUCCCUUGCCUCACUGGCUAAAUCAAGUGCAGCUCCGGCCCUAACACGAACGGAUGCCAAUUCUUCAUAACCUCGAAAAUAGCCCCGUUCCUGGACGGGAAGUACGUCGCCUUUGGAAAGGUGGUUGAGGGCAUGGAUGUUGUUCGCAAGGUCGAGAAUGUCAGGGUGAUCCUGGACCGGCCAACAACGGAUGUGAUUAUCAACCAGUGCGGGGAGAUGUGA